ACGGACGGGGUCAGGUCUCAUCAUGGCGGCUGAAGAAGCGGAUGUGGAUAUCGAAGGAGACGUGGUGGCCGUGGCGGCACAACUAGGAAGUGAUGAAAAUACAGCAUCAGUUUUACAACAAGAUCACUAUCUUGAUUCAUCAUGGAGAACGGAAAAUGGCCUUAUCCCUUGGACUCUGGAUAGCACCAUCAGUGAAGAGAACAGAGCUGUCAUUGAGAAAAUGUUAUUGGAAGAAGAGUAUUAUUUAUCUAAAAAAUCACUACCAGAAAAAUUCUGGCUUGAUCAAAAGGAAGGUGAUAAAAAAUACGUGAAGAGUCUGCAGAAAACAGCAAAAAUCAUGGCACACUCUCCUACAAAACCAGCCAGUUACUCAGUAAAGUGGACCAUAGAAGAAAAAGAGCUGUUUGAACAAGGGCUGGCUAAAUUUGGCCGAAGGUGGACCAAAAUUGCAAAGCUAGUUGGAAGUCGCACUGUUUUACAAGUGAAGAGUCAUGCCAGACAGUAUUUUAAAAAUAAGGUAAAAUGGGGUCCAGAGACAGAAACAGCCAAGCAGAAGAGCAGCGGUAAUCCUCAGGUGAGAAAUGAAGGCACAGGGACAGAGGCCUGGGCAUCGUCGUGUCUAAGGGGACGUGCUGACCCCAACUUGAAUGCUGUAAGAAUCGAAAAGUUAUCCGAUGAUGAGGAAGUAGACAUCACAGAUGAAGUGGAUGAGUCGUCUUCUCAAACACCCCCAAAGAAUUCUAGCCGCAGUCUCUUAGUAGACCUUCCUGAUAGCAAAAUGCAGGGAACCAAUCACGGAGAAUCCAUUGCUUCAGACAGCCAGAAAGCUCCCUUUUAUAAAUCUUCCAGGCACUAUCUUCAGAAUGUAAAGCAAGAUGAAACCAAAAAACUUUCAAGCUCAGAAAUUACAUUGUGGACUGAAAAACAGAGCAACAGUGACAACAAAUCAGCUGAUUUAAAUAAUCAGAGAUGUAAUAAACUGAUGCAAAAUUGUAAUGAGCAUGAUGGAAGUGGAAUGAUAGAUGAUACGAGGCGGUUGCCUUCUCCAGAACCUUGUGAAAUUCAGAAAGAUUUGAGUGGUAAUGAAAUGCUUUUUCAUUCUUCUUGCCAAGUGGUGGAGGAAAGCCACGAGGAAGAAGAGCUUAAGCCACCAGAACAGGAAGUAGAAAUAGAUAGAAAUACCAUUCAAGAAGAAGAAAAACAAGCAAUUCCUGAAUUUUUUGAGGGUCGUCAAGCUAAAACACCAGAACGCUAUUUGAAAAUUAGAAAUUACAUUUUGGAUCAAUGGGAGAUAUGCAAACCGAAAUACUUAAAUAAGACCUCAGUACGUCCUGGCCUGAAGAACUGUGGGGAUGUUAAUUGUAUUGGACGGAUUCAUACAUACCUCGAAUUGAUAGGAGCAAUCAAUUUUGGAUGUGAACAGGCUAUAUAUAACAGGCCACAGCCAGUCGAUAAAGCACGAGUCAGAGACAGAAAGGACACAGUGGAAGCAUACCAACUUGCCCAGCGUCUGCAGUCCAUGCGCACAAGGAGACGUAGGGUCCGAGACCCCUGGGGGAACUGGUGUGAUGCAAAGGACUUAGAAGGACAAACGUUUGAGCAUCUCUCUGCUGAGGAGUUGGCAAAAAGAAGAGAAGAGGAAAAGUGCAGACCUGUUAAAUCUUUAAAAGUGCCAAGACCAGCAAAAAGUUCAUUUGAUCCCUUCCAGCUGAUACCUUGUAAUUUUUUCAGUGAAGAAAAGCAGGAGCCAUUUCAGGUGAAAGUGGCUUCAGAAGCACUUUUAAUAAUGGAUUUGCAUGCUCAUGUUUCUAUGGCAGAAGUGAUUGGUCUGUUAGGAGGAAGAUACUCAGAAGUUGAUAAAAUAGUGGAAGUCUGUGCCGCAGAACCAUGUAAUAGUCUGAGUACAGGACUGCAGUGCGAGAUGGAUCCUGUGUCACAGACACAGGCCUCAGAAACUCUGGCCGCUAGAGGCUACAGUGUCCUUGGAUGGUACCAUUCUCAUCCUGCGUUUGAUCCUAACCCUUCCUUACGAGAUAUAGACACACAAGCCAAAUACCAGAGUUACUUCUCCAGAGGAGGUGCAAAGUUCAUUGGAAUGAUUGUUAGUCCCUAUAAUCAGAACAAUCCCUUACCAUAUUCUCAGAUUACCUGCCUGGUUAUAAGUGAGGAAAUCAGCCCAGAUGGCUCAUAUCGCUUACCUUACAAAUUUGAAGUACAACAGAUGUUAGAAGAACCUCAGUGGGGAUUAGUGUUUGAAAAGACAAGAUGGAUAAUAGAAAAAUACAGGCUGUCCCGUAGCUGGGUCCCCAUGGAUAAAAUCUUUCGCCGGGAUUCUGACCUGACUUGUUUGCAGAAACUUUUGGAGUGUCUGAGGAAAACUCUGAGCAAUGUGACUAAUUGCUUCGUGGCUGAAGAAUUCUUGACUCAAAUAGAAAAUUUAUUCCUUUCUAAUUAUAAAAGCAAGCAAAUGAAUGGAGUGCCUGAAGAGAACUGUACAAAGGAAUUGUUACUGUGAUGAUUUUAAAGUAAGACAUUUUAAUCUUGACAGAAUAGAUCCUACUUUCAAAGUUAUAACCUUGAAAUAAUUGUAAUUUAGUUAACAGUGGCACAGCUUUGGUGUUUUGUUCUGUUUUUUAAUUCACAAAGUCCAGGCUUUGUCACACAUAAGUUUUGUGCAAAAGAAGAGACACAGACAUCUGGUGAUAAUCGGAGCCUUCUGUACAGCAGGGUCCACCGCAGUGCUCCAGGCCUUUGUUCAGCAGUGCUGUGAAACCUAGGCAGAGGUCUGCUUUGCUUCCGUAUUCAGCUUGACAUAGGGAGUAUGUCUCUAAGUCUUGUUUCUUCUCUGAACUAGCCAUUUCUUAUGUUCCAUUUUGCUAUUCAUAUCUCAUCUUAGAAGCACUUCUGGCUGGACACAGUGGCUCACGCCUGUCAUCCCCAGCACUUUGGAAGGUUGAGGCAGAAGGAUUGCUUGAGGCCAGGAGUUAGAGACCAGUUUGAGCAACAUUGAGAGAUUCCCAUCUCUACAAACAUGAUUUUUAAAAACGAAUUGGACGUGGUGGUACAGGCCUGUGUCCUAGCUACGCUGGAGGCUAAGGCAGGAGGAUCACUUAAGCCCAGGAGUUUGAGGUUACAGUGAGCUGUGAUUGUGUUACUACACUCCAGCCUGGACAACAGAAUGCGACUUUGUCUCUAAAAUGAUAAUGAUAAUAAUGAUGAAAAUUAUUCCAAUCUCUCAGUAUGUUCUGGUAAAAUUUGUUUAUGGUUCAAAUGGGUGAUCACUGAGAUAUUAAUAUGGUUGAGAACUACUGGUUAGUAAAUCUUCACAACGUGCUAUACAGGGGGCCAGGAGGCAUGAAGAGAAAAUCUUAAAAACAGGGAGACAAUCAAAUUACUAGUUUUUAAUCAUAGAUAUUUGCUUCCAUUUUAUUUUAUAGAAACAAUACUACAGGAUAGGCCAUUUUCUCAGAUAUCUGAGAUUUUUUUAUGGAUUUCACAUGCAUAAAAUAAUAGCUUUAACUAGAUGUCUAUUUACAUUAGUGUGUAUGAUAAAACAUCAUUUAACUGGAAUGUGGGUAAUCAUAACCCUUAAACUAGAUUUUUUUCCCCUAUUGGCUACUGUCAGGAGAAAGGCAAAUUGCAAUAAAACUUGGAUAAAUCAGAGAUUUAAUUUUUUUAAAUAAGAGAAGUCUUAUGGAACAUUUUACAUAUUCAGCCCAGUCUCAUACACUUUCUGAAUCUGAAACGGAGGUCAGCAAAUUCCCUUGUCUGUGAAGGGCCAGUUAGUAAAUAAAGGUGGCCUUUGGAUCCGCGUGGUCUAUCCGACAUUAUUCUUUAUGUGUAUUUUUUGUAACUCUAUAAUAGCUCAUGGGCCUCACAAAACACUGGCUGCUGGCUAUUAUUUUCUAACUCUAUCUAAAGACUUACAAACACUGUAAUUUUAUUCUAGAUUUAUGAGCCUGAGAUACCAGCAGUUAGUAUCCUCUUUAAAUGACAAUAAAACUCAGAAUUGUGAUCUGGAUUUAGGUCCAUUUUCAAAUAAAAGUAAGAAAUUCUGAUGCCUCAUAGAAAUGGAAUAGACUUUAUUUUAAUAACUAGAGAAUUCAUGUAUAUCCAUUCUCUAAGAAUUUUUACUAAUUACAGUUUCGUCAUAUCUAAACUGGAUACAAUUCUGUGUCUUUGCUUUAUUUGUUUGUAAUCAAUAGCCAAGGAAGAAUAAGACAGUAUUGGAUGUAACUGUGAGCCAGUUUCAGAUAACUUGGGUCUUGUCUCAACUUUGUGAUUUUGAGGGAUAUCUUAAUAGUGUUACCUCUCUGGGCCUAAAUUCGUAUGUAACUAAAGUCUAACUUAACUUCUUAUUAUCCCGCCAAGACUAAAACUUUAUAGGUUCAUUCCAUUUGUUGAAGAAUGUAAUUUUACAUUUUGAGAUAAUACAGUUCCAAAAUUAACGUAUUUUUAAAGAAAACGAAUUUUCUAUUAUCUGUGUGCAUAUAACAUAUGGACACAGGAGGCUGUGAUUAUAAGAAUUCUAAACUAAAAUCAGGAAACUUGAACUCAUAUCCUAACAUUCUAUAUCAAAUUUGCUUUGUAACGUUGAUCAAAUCACUUGACCUUUCUGGGCCUCCGCUUUUUACCUGUAGUGAUUCAAGGGUGUGAAUUUUGUGACUUUGUAUUCUAUUCCAUGCUCAAAAGGUCUGCUUUCUGUGAAAAGCAGUAAUCCAUUCCUUUGUAUUUUUCUUCCUUUUGACCUAUUUCCUCAUAGUGUUGGGGAAACAGAUGCUAUGAAAGUGGUGUUUAUUAGUUUUCUCGAUUGACAUUUCCCUGUAAUAUUGGUGAAUUUGGGUGAUGGAAAGUAAAGAAUUGUUGGACGUUUUGUUCUCAAAUCUGAGUCUUCCUGCAUGUCAAUUCGCUAACUUAAGCCAUAUUGUAACAAACUCAAAAGGGACAAUUCUCAGAGUUUAGGGCCUUGAGAGCACAAUUUUCUAAAUGUUUACUGAGUAUUCUUUUUCUGACUGUAGAAUACAUUUAUCUUAUAUAUUUAAAAUGUAUAGAAAUGUAUAAAGUACAAAUAUCUCAGUCUUAUCUAGAUAACCACAGUUGAUAUAUUAGUGUAAAUCCUUUCCCAUUUAUUUUGAUGACAUAAUUUUAAUACAUUAAAGUUUGUUAUUUUUUCUCCCUUCCUGCCCAUUUAUUCUUUUUUUUUCUUUUUCUUCCUACUUUUUUUUUAAAGUCAUAUUCUUAAAAUAUUUUUGCAACUGCGGUGCCCACAUUCCUGGCACUGCCAGCCUUAGGCUACAAAUGAUAAUUGGAGCCAGGUUUUGGAGAAGCACAGAGGAAGUCUAGAAGUGAGUGGGCGUAUGAUACAGUAAGUCAGGGGGCAGAUUCGCAAAGGAAAACCUGCCUGUGACAUAAUGUUUACAGAAAAUGGAGAAAGGAUGUGAAAACAUCCAAGUCUUUCAACUUGAUUCUGUUACUAUUUUUGCACAAUGGCUAUAAAAUAAUAAGCUUAUUUUUUUUUUUUUUUUUUUGCCUAGCUAGUGGAAAUUGGCACUAGUACUUCCUUAUUAGACUUAGCAUUCUUUAAAACUCUAAUUCCAAAGAAAUAGAACAAAAAAAAAGGAAAAAAGUCUAAUGCCAGAGUAACAUUCAAGAACAGAAAAAUCAGUGGAACAAGAUCUGCCAGGUCAGACUCUUUCCUCUCCAUUAUUUUAGCCUCAAACUGUUCUUCUCUAAUCCUUUUAAAUGAUCUUUAAUUUCCUUUCUGAUAAUUGGUUUGACCUUGUAUAUAGAGCUGCAUUAGGAUUUUCAUGGCUCCUGGGUGCUUUUUGCCUUCUUGGACCCAUAAUUCCAUACAGAAUUUAAAAUUAUAUUUUAUAAUUGUAUUCAUAUAAAAUGAAUUUAUUAAUGCUUUAGAUUAAAAUGUUUUGUUCAAUCUACAUGUUCACUUUUUUCUUAAUGAGGAUAAAAAAGUUAAAAAAUUUUGUGGGUCUCUAAAAACUACUGUGGGCACCAUGCGCAGUUGUCUCAUGCCUGUUACCCUAGCACUCGGAGAGGCCAAGGUGGGUGGAUCGCUUGAGUUUGGAAGUUUGAGACCAUCCUGAGCCAGAGUGAGACCCCCAUCUCUAAAAACAGCCGGGUGUUGUGGUGGGCACCUGUAGUCCCAGCUACUCUGAAGGCUGAGACAAGAGAAUCACUUGAGCCCUAGAGUUUGAGGUUGCUGUGAGCUGUGACACCGCAGCAUUCUACCAAAGGUGACAGAGUGAGACUCUGUCUCAAAAAAAAAAAAAUACACACACACACUGUGGGCCCAAGGCACUUGUGCCUCUACCUAUAUUCCAAAGGCUAUCACUGAAAAAAACAGUGAUCACUUUUCUUUCCUGCCCCCACUACCACAGACCCUAGGUUGGCCUUUACCACUCUAGCCAAGAGCACUGUCAUUUCCACAGUUAGAGAUCUACGGGCUUGAACUUCAUUCCUUCUUGACAUGACCAAAACUCAGGAGAAUUGCUUGGGACCAUCCUCCUUGGAAAAAGAUACAAGGCAGUUGGUUUUAGUCCUCACAUAGGCGUUUUUAUCCUCAUCCUCAAUCAGUAGCUUAGAAACUUGGGCCACCCUUUAAAGGGGAACAGCUCGCCGCCUUUCUCUGCUCCCCACUUUGCUCGAGCCCCUUCCUUCAUCCUCAUUCCCUCGCCUUCCUACCUCUCAGGAUACGGGCACAGGAUCAUUUAUCCUAUCAUUUUUGAAAGUUGGGCCUGCAGAAUAAAGAUGAAGGCACCCAUUCCUGUUUCCCUGACACUAGUAAAUUGCUGCCCCCAGCCUCUCUCUGUAGUAUCUCCUGCCCUGUGCCCAGGAGUGGAGUGAGUCUGACCUGCAGACUAGACUGAGCAUAGUCAGAGCCUGUGCAGCUCCCUGGGGGUGAGGAGCCAGCGCCCUCUCCACGCCACCCUCAGCGAGCCUCACGCUUGUUAGUUUACCGUCUUCCUAUCUCUCCUGCUGGGUCUAACAAGUUGAGCCAGAGGACCUGGUGGAUCUGAUACAGUCAGGAUGCCCUAGGAUUGAUGCUCUGUCCUGUGCCAACAGAGGAGCCGUGACCUGACCUGAAGCCACCAAGCCACAGGUCACACAGUUGGUAGCGUUCUCAGUAGAAAUUAAUGCAGAGUUCCCUAAUUCUGUUUUCCUCACCUACUGCACUCUGCCCUAGCAAUAUUAUCAAUAGUUAGUGUGUAAUCUAGAGCUCACGUUGUGGCGUUUUAAGAAAACUUUUUACCCAAGCACAAAGAAAAGCACACACCUUCUUACGGCCAUCUGUUUUGUCAGGGUUAAUUAAAAACUUAACAAAUUUGCUGUGCAUCUCCAGUUUACCGGUACUUUAAUAGUUUUCUUACAAAUUAAUGUAUUUUGCAGUAUUUUCAGAACAUCACUGCGGAAGAAAAAGCUAAUGUACUUUAGGGUAUUACUCACUGGCCUUGUUAAAAUGGUUUUAUGUGUGCCGUUCCCCCAAACUCUUGUUUUCUCUCUUUUUUUUUUUUGCUUUUAAUUUAACCUGCAGUUAUGUUUUCUGGGGUUUUUUGUUUGUUUGUGUUUUUAAUUCAUCUUCUAAACCACCUUAAAUCCUUCCUGGGAGCAAGGGAAGGAAUGACUAUGCUUUCCUCCACUAAAUCAGAAGAAAAUACAGGUAUCUCAGAGAAGCUGUAAUUAUGCUCUUUCUCAAACUAGGUUUGAGAAAGGAAAAUGAAUUCUAUGAUUAAUAUUUGGGUUGUUUUUAUUUUCCCCCUUUGGUAUUUAUGAAUGUAUUUGCACAGACUUUUAAUUUCAGGGGGAAAAAAUGCCUGAUUUGCUAUCUUUAAGAUUUCCUACUAUACUCUCUUAAGAAUUAAGAAAUCUGUUAAAUAUGUUUUCAUAGUUUGUAUUCCUAUUCCAUAGAUAACCACAAAACACCUGUUUAAACCUGUGAAUUAUAAAAUAGUAUUUGGCUUCUAGCAUGAUUUAAGUAGCUCAGUCAUACAUCUUUGAAUUUGUAGGUUUGCCGUGUAAAUUGUGUGUAAGUUUACUAGGCUUGUGCGUGGUCACUGAUAAAGUGGUUGCUAUUGUUUUUCUCACAUGUUAUCUGUGUUUGUGGACGUUUUUCAUUAGCUUGAAUUUUACAGUGUUCUGUAAUAAAAUACAAUUAAAUGCUUUUGUACACUCAAAGUAUGAUGCCAUGUUGUAUGUAUCUGUGUUAGAGAAUAUUGUAAAUAUCUGUGUUUUUAGAAUUAUGAAAGAUUUUCCUCAAAAAUGAUGGAACUUUACCCUUACACAUAUGACGUAUUAUAAAAUAUCGGAUUUUAAGUUUUGGAAUUUUUAUCUUGUGGUAAAAAUUAAGGUAAAACAUGCUGAAGUUUCCAUAUAAAUAAAAAUUUGAAAAUAAAAUGACCAUUUGGAUUCUUUCUAAAUUGUUAGCAAUAUACAUAUUGAAUGGCA